CGCAGGCCGAAGUUGAAUGUCUGACGGUGGUUGUUUCCGAUUUUCUCGCGGGAAGCUACGACAUCCCUCGGGAAAGAAGCACCGUCAGACAAUUCCGAAUACGGAGACCUCAGUACCAUCUCGUGUCUCGUCUUUCCCCUCUGCUACACUACCAACUCCCAACCAUUUUACUCGUGUGUCUGAUUCCCAGAAUCUCCUCUAUUCUUCUGCAUGAUCUUUUCAGAACAAAUCACUUCUUAUUGAAUGUUGGUAUAACAUUAUUUUGCCGUCAUGGCACGCCUGCGACUUAUCCUUUUAGUUGCUAUCUUCAUUGCCUUCGCCAAUUGCCUGCCGCCUGCGCAGUGCCAUUCCUCGCUGCGGCCGAAGAUAUCGUACCCCGCGAAAGUAAGGUCUGGCGGACCUUUCAAGAGAUUUAGAGAUUCUCUUAUCGAGAAGAUUUGGACCAUACCUGGCAAGAAUGGAGAGGAAGAGUGUUCCAGCCCGGAAGUGGCUCCGCGGCUACCUGCACGGUUCCAUAUACGUUAUGGUGACGACGUAGUCCUACGCUUCCAGAUCCGCACAGAAGAUGAAGCAAAAGCUCUGUCUAAAGUCAUAAGGAUGUUAUACAUCGAUAUCUGGGAUGCCACAGACCACUGGGUCGACAUCAGGAUACAAAAGGACGUCUUACCCUCCUUCAUCGGACUACUCCCAUCGUCUCUACACCACGCAUACAAACCUCUCAUUCACGAUCUGCCCCGGGCGGUCUACGACACUUAUCCGAGCUCUCCUUACUCACUGGAAACUCCUCUCCUCUCAAGUCUCACAACUCUCCAUCGCGGUCGACCACAUGUUGGUGCGCCCCAAGACCUCUUUUUCCAAGAUUACCAGCCACUUUCAGUCCUUUAUCCAUGGCUACGCCUGAUAGCCUCUAUGUUUCCUACGCAUGCGGAGUUGAUUAGCAUUGGUCAGUCACCAGAGGGACGAGACAUACCUGCAUUGCGAAUAGGUGCCAAAACACAGCCCGGCGAUGAUCAUGAGGUUCGGCAUACUGUCCUGAUUGUGGGUGGCACCCAUGCAAGAGAAUGGAUUGGGGUGUCAACUUCUGCAUACGUGGCGUACAACCUAGUUACUCGCUAUGGCCAUCCUCAUUUCCCUGCAGUGACAAAAAUGCUAGAUCAUUUCGACAUAGUUUUUGUCCCCGUACUCAACCCAGACGGCUACGAAUACACAUGGACCACCGACAGGUUCUGGCGCAAGAACAGACAGGCGACCCAUUUGCCAUUCUGCCCCGGCAUCGACCUCGACCGCUCAUUCCGGUUCGAAUGGGAUGGCCAUGAUGCGGAUAAUGCGUGCAGUGACGAUUACCCCGGACCAACACCUUUUGCAGCCCAGGAAGCCCAGCUUCUGUCGGAGUGGGCGAGAGGUCAGACGCAUGAAAACAACGUCACAUUCGUGUCGUAUCUGGAUUUCCAUUCGUACUCACAAGAGAUUCUUUAUCCUUACAGCUAUACCUGCGACAUUGAUCCACCAAACCUCGAGGAUCUCGAGGAAGUGGCAUUUGGCCUAGCCAAGUCGUUCCGAUUGACGAAUGGUCACCACUACGAUGUUGAGAGUGCCUGUUCAGGAAGCACCACUUAUCGUGACAAAGUCAAAAAGACCCGUGUCCAGGUUGAUCCACAGGGAGGAUCUGCGCUGGACUUCUUCUAUCAUGACCUCAAUGUCAAGCUAGCGUUUCAAAUCAAACUUCGGGACACAGGUACUUAUGGCUUCUUGUUGCCAAAGUCUCAAAUUGUGCCUACUGGAGAAGAAGCAUAUGAAGCUGUCAUGGCCCUUGGGCGAUGGUUGUUAGGUAAUCACGGUAUUGAAAGUGUUGAUCCUGAAACAGUCUGGGGGGUGGAGAUUGAGGCUCCCGCACCCAAAGAUGGACAGACCCAAUCCGAAAAUAAUGAGUAUGAGGACGACGAAGAUGACGAUGAAGAGUGGCAAGAUCUCAAAAAGAGACGUCGACGUCGUUGAUGAUUGUUUACUACAGAACGGAGAGCCUUGGGUUUUUGCAAUGUAGCAUUACGGAUGCUCUGGUCGGCAAAAUGCAACGAGAAGUGCUUUUUGAGCAACAAUCAAACGAAGGGCUUCCGACGGCGGCAAAUCUCGACUUUUAUCUGUACAACAUCCCAAUCGUACAGCUUGAAACACCAGUCAGGACAGUCGUGUAUUGCUGACCCCUUGAAAGUCGGAUGCCAUGUGUCGAUAUGAAUGUUGUAUCUUGGGGUAUGACAUGGUGUUGGGCGGAUAAACUGCACAGGAUCCCACCGCUCCCCUCUCGUUUCGGUCCCGAACUGGCAGCCACCAGGAUGCGCUGAAAAGGCGACAGGAGAUGGAACAAAACGCAUUUACUUUCGUUUUUUGUAAUUAUAGCCUUGGCGAACGAGUAUAAUACUCUGUAUGAUUUUCGAGUUCGCGUAGUACGAAUAUCAUCUGCCUCAAAAGAGGUCUACUUCUACUACUUGAUGCAAUUGACCAAG